AAGAAACCGUCGGUACAGUCGGUAGUUCGCGGGUACAGUAUUAAGCCAAUCUCCCGGAACUGUCUGUGGUAGGCCUGGAAUGCGGUCGAUGUUCGUUAAGUGUGGAACGUAAAUAAGCAAUCGAGCGGUCCUCGAUUCCGUUCGGGUCGGUACAAGAUAGUCUAGGACAAGCGAAGAAAAUCGCUCGUUUCCCACCACCCAUGGAUACAUCCACGUUAUUCCGCGAUCGUCGUUAGAACGAACGUCGGGGGAACACCGCGCGCUUAGUUCGCCCGAUUGACGUGUUUCGCCGAUUUCCUCGAAACAGUGACCGAGGUACGCGAGGAAGGAGCACACGCCGGAAGAGAGGAAUGGGUAUCAGGGGGACAAGAAGAAGACGAGGGCAGGCCCUGUACUCGUGUCCCGCGCUCGUCUUCCUCGGCACGUCGUCGUCAUCGUUGUCGUCGGACCGUCGUACCGUCGUGCUGCGAUCAGGAAGGGAAGAAGCGGCGAACAGGCCGCGCUGCUCGUUCCUGUUAUGCACGCAAAGCAAGCGCCCAGUAGAGUGUUCAUAAUUCCACCGCGUUCGUUAGUACCCGUGGUGGAGGAGGAAAGGGAAAGGGUAACCUGGGCUACCUGGGCGACGAGGAGGAGGAGGUGGAGGAGGCAUAGGCGUAGGAGAACGUUUGACACACAGUGGUAGUGGGAGAGCGCCCGGAUGGAUUGAAGCGCAGGAGAGGGUAAAAAGCGUGGGCGCGCGAUUUUCUAUAUAUGCGCGUUCACCACGAGAGCCCAGACUGCCGAGAGGUGAUACCUGUUUAGUUCGAUCUGUCGAAGAAUACAGGCAUCCAUCCUGCGAAUCUACCAAUUACUGCCUCUUUCUCUCUCUCUCUCUCUCUUUCUCUCUCUCUCUCUUUCUAUAUCUAUCUCUUUCUCUCUCUCUCUCUCCCUGUCUGCCUCUGCAGAUUGUACGAGAUCGUUUGUCGAUUUCGUUCAAAAUACGUCACGAUGUUCUCGGGCAAGGUGCAGAUCGAAAUCUGCGAAGCCAGAAGUCUACGCGCGACCGACAAACAGAAGCAAUUUUGGAAGGAGAAUGAGGAGCCUUCACUGGACCCCUACGUGCAAUUGCACGUGGACGAAAUUAAAUUGGCCCGUACUAGCACCAAGCUGAGGACCUCGGAUCCAGUGUGGCAUGAAAUCUUCACUCACAAAGUACGAAAGGCGACCGAACUGGGUCUCACCAUCUUCCACGACGCGGUAUUACCGCCAGAUUAUUUCAUCGCGAAUUGUAUCAUUCCGUUCACAUUACUUAUCAAAAAUCUACACGACGGGAUCAACGAUUUCUGGGUUGACUUAGAACCUCAUGGAAGGUUGCGACUAAUAAUAGCAAUGUGGAAUGCUCCAAUUCGGCAACCAAGUUUCCAUGGAGAAUCUAGUGGUGAAGGACGUAAACGUCCUAAAGAUACUCGCAAGAAAGACCGGCAUGAAAGAGAAUUUCAGGAGAAAGAAGAACCCUUGAGUCGCCAGAGAGUGAUGCGACGAAGGGUUCAUCAAAUAAAUGGACAUAAAUUUAUGGCUACCUUUUUGAAACAACCGACGUUUUGUUCACACUGUCGUGACUUCAUUUGGGGCUUUGGCAAGCAAGGCUAUCAGUGUCAAGUAUGUACUUGCGUAGUCCACAAAAGAUGUCAUAACUUGGUGAUAACUAAUUGUUCAGGAAUGAAAGAAGAGAUUGUUCCAGUCGAAGGAGAAGAGGGAACCAAAAUCACGCAGGCAACAGCACGCUUUAGUAUACAUGUUCCCCAUCGCUUUAAUCCUCAUAAUUAUAAAACAUUGACAUUUUGUGAUCACUGCGGAUCCUUAUUGUACGGCUUCUUUAGGCAAGGCUUGAAAUGCGAUGUUUGCAACAUGAAUGUUCAUAAACGAUGUUAUAAGAAUGUUGCACCCAGUUGCGGUAUAGAUACCAAGGCUUUGAGCGACCUUUUGAAAAAAAUAAAUUUCUGUGCAAAUAAACAACAAAUAAGACUUCCGAAGAUUAGAGUAUCUUCACGUCCACAAACACCUACAGUUGCAGAAAAGGACGAAGACAAGACAAAAGAUCAAGAUGAUAAAAAAUUUAAAAAAGAUAAAAAAGGAAUGAAAAAAGGACAGAAAAAAGGACAAAAAACGAUAAAAUUUCCUUCAAAAGAUGACCAGUCAUAUGAAACGGGCGCAAGUUGUUCGAGUCAAAAUGACUCGACUAACUCCAAAGAUGAUUCGUAUUUGAGUCAAAGAGAUUCAACUAAUGCCAAAGAUAAUUCGCAGUGGAGUUAUAGCGACUCAACCUACACCAAAGAUGAUUCGCAGUGGAGUUAUAGCGACUCAACCUACACCAAAGAUGAUUCGCAGUUAAGUCUAAGAGACUCAGAUGAUGAUAAAAACAGCAAUGUAAAAAAAAUUGGAUUGGAUGACUUUAAUUUUAUUAAAGUCCUCGGUAAAGGCAGUUUCGGUAAAGUAAUGUUAGUCGAACUGAAAAGUAAUCCCGAUGAAAUUUAUGCCGUGAAAAUCUUGAAAAAGAGUGUCAUUAUUCAAGAUGAAGAUGUAGAUUGCACCAUGACAGAAAAGAAGAUUUUAAUCCUUGCAGCAAGACAUCCUUUUCUAACGGCCAUCCACAGUUGUUUUCAAACGGUUGAUCGACUCUUCUUCGUUAUGGAAUACGUUAAAGGAGGUGAUCUGAUGUUCCAUAUCCAGAAGGCUCGAAAAUUCGAAGAGCCGAGAGCACGUUUCUAUGCAGCAGAAGUGACACUCGCACUUCAGUUUCUGCAUAAACAUCACAUUAUAUACCGCGACCUGAAACUGGACAACAUACUGCUGGAUGCGGAAGGACAUUGUAAACUUGCGGAUUUUGGAAUGUGUAAAGAAAAUGUAAUCGAAGGAGAAUCGACAGCAUCAACAUUUUGUGGUACGCCUGACUAUAUAGCUCCAGAGAUACUUCAAGAAUUGCCAUAUGGUGCUAGUGUUGAUUGGUGGGCUCUCGGUGUUUUGUUAUACGAGAUGGUGGCUGGACAACCACCUUUCGAAGCCGAGACCGAAGACGAUUUAUUCGAAGCAAUAUUGCGAGAUGACUUAGUGUUUCCAGUGUGGGUUUCUUCAGAUGCGGUGUCUGUUGUAAAAGCUUUUAUGACCAAGAAUCCUGCCAAGCGAUUAGGUUGUGUUGCAGCUGAUGGUGGCGAACAUGCUAUAAAAAAUCAGCCAUUUUUCAAACAUUUAGAUUGGGAAGCUCUUGAAGCGCGUAGAGUAGAGCCUCCAAUCAAACCUAAAAUUAAAAAUGAAAAAGAAGCCUUGAACUUUGAUGCAGUGUUUACAAAAGAGGAUCCUGUGUUAACGCCGGAUAGUCCAGACAAAUCGUACGAAAUCGAUCAAGAAGAAUUUCGUGGUUUUUCCGUAGUAAAUAGGGACUUCAAUCCAUUCAGGUAUACUACACAGUAAAAAA